AUUUAAUGGUACAUUUUUUAUUUUACUUUUUUCUUUUUCUUUCGCGUUAAAUUAGAGUCAGUGUUGUUUCCGCCUAAUAAAAAUUAUUUUCGGUUGUGUUAAAAAAUUAAUCCUAAAUUAAUCGUAUAACGUUUUUGUUAAAAUAAUUUGUUCGUCACAUUAAUUAGAAUCAUAGCGUUGUAAAAAAUAUCGUAUAAUGGUUGAAAAUAUAAAUUAAAAAAUUCAUCCCUUUCAUUUAAUUAUCAGCCUGAAUGUAAAACUUCGCUUGGAUACAAUCACAUAUCGAUCAACGAUUUCAUCGAUGCAACGAUAAUUACAAUCAAAUUUCACGACAUCAUUAGACCUACGUCAAGGGGAAGAGAUGUAGGACGAGUGUUUCGGAGCCAUCGCAGAAUUUCUUAAGUAGUCACCCGCGAGCAGAGAGACGGAGAAAGGCCGAGGGUGACAGAAACAGUGUGAUGAGUGGAUACCUCGGUAGCAUCACCCUACCCCCGACGUUGUUGCACGACCCGAAGUAUCCUCCAGCCAUGCGGGAGAAGGACUCAAGUCCUCGAAAGAUGCCGGGCCACAUAAGCCCGAAGCAGGCGAGUAUUUAUCCAUUGAGCGUGCGAGUACCAGACGUCGAGGAAUUACCGUACGAUCUCAGUCAUGGACAUGGUCGUGGGCUAUCAAGUCCGACCUUGAACCAGCAACAGCAACAACAACAACAUCAUCAUCAGUAUCAUCAGCAACAACAACAACAACAACAACAACAACAACAGCCACAUAUGAGUCCUGCGGCAAGACCACCGCAGCCUCAUCAACAGGAUGAGCUUGAUUGUGAGCCACUCGAUUUACGUGUCGAUCAUAAAAAGGAAAGGCUCAGGGACGAGAAUCAGAAUGAGAUAGAGGUGCUCAAUCAGAACAGUUUAGGUGGUGGUCUACCUUAUCAUACAGUCCUAUUUCCUCAACAUCAUGCCGUUCAUCCAUUGGUACUCGAAGCUAUGUAUAGAUCGCAUCAUCAUAAUUCAACCGUGACGGAUCUACCGAAGAUUCAAGUUAGAGCACUACCUACUAUGGUACCAUUACCACCUAAUAGAUUUUCAUCGACUACUUCUUCCACUUCCUCAUCUUCUUCCUCGCAACUCAAUGCCAGAAUACCAAGUCCGAUCGGUACUACCAAUACUACUACUAUUGCUACUACUAAUCAACAACAGCAUCAAUCUGCUCAACAAUUAAAUAACAAUCAAUCUCAAGCGCAACAACAGCAGCAACAGCAACAACAACAACAACAACAGCAACAACAAUCGCAAUCGCAACAACAGCAACAAACUACUAGCCUACCGCCUUACUCCAUUACCGUUCAAGCCGGUCUUAAACCCAAGGACAGAUACUCGUGUAAAUUUUGUGGCAAGGUUUUCCCACGAUCGGCAAAUCUCACUAGACAUCUACGAACUCAUACAGGGGAACAACCAUACAAAUGUAAAUACUGCGAGAGGAGCUUCAGUAUUUCGAGUAAUCUUCAACGUCACGUUAGAAAUAUUCAUAAUAAAGAGAAACCGUUCAAGUGUCCCUUAUGCGAGAGAUGCUUCGGACAACAAACAAAUUUGGAUAGACAUUUGAAGAAACACGAUGCUGACGGUCCGACGAUAUUAGAUGAGGUUAGAUCUAGGUAUCACGGACAAUUACCUAGAGCCGAUGAUUCCUAUUUCGAAGAGAUACGCAGUUUUAUGGGAAAGAUAACGUCCCAAAGACAAGGUAUACCUUAUUUCCCAGGUCUAUUGAGUCAAGCUCAAGACGAUUUUAGAAGUGACAAACAACAGUUGCAAUUGGAAGAGAAGAGAGGUGACUCAUCUUAUUUCAGUGAUCGAGACAACCUUAGUUCAAGGUCGAGUAGCACAACUAGUAGACCUGAGAGUGUACAGGAAGAACAAAGAGACGUCAAUUCUCCGCCAUUAUCACCUGGAAAUAAUACCUGAAUAAUACAACUUUUAUAUUUUCCUCCUACGUGAAUCUUAUCUCAUUUUUAGGGAACAAACCUAAGAAAGGGAUCGACGAUUACAAUAAACAAACAAACAUUAUAUUAUAUAUAUAUAUAUAUAUAUAUAUAUAUAUAUAUAUAUAUAUAUAAUUUAUAAGAGAUCGUAGAAAUCGAAACCAAGUAUAUAUUUUUAAUUAAUAUCGAAUUCCAUUCCAAUGAGAGAAAGAGACAAUCGAAAUGGUGUGUAUGAACAUUUGUGUGACUAUCCAAUCACGUUGUGCCUUCUUACUAUUAGAAAAUAUAGGGGAAAAGCUUAAUGUAAAUUAGUAUCUCGAUUAGCUUAGUAGAACUCGCGCGGAGAGAAUCAAGCGGAAGUAGUCGAUAACGCGAAAUCGAUUAAGUAAAAAAAAGACAGGGAAAGAAAGAGAAAGAGAGAGAGAGAGAGAGAGAGAGAGAGAGAGAAAAAGGGAAAUACAGAUUAGGAAGGAGAAAAUUCUUCGAGUUAGCUUUCGAAAUCAACGAGAGUAAAGUAGAGUUUCCUCUUUCAUCGCGGAUGCUGUCGCAACCACGAGAUAUUAUGAACGGCGCGAUAAAACCUGCUCGCUUCUCCACGAUCGAGCGAGUUUUAAGGAGUACGACUCGGUGCAAGGUACUUAGUUACAUAUUUACAAACGAUUCUAAAACCCCCAUUGAGCUAUUUUAUAUAUAUAUAUAUAUAUAUAUAUAUAUAUAUAUAUAUAUAUAUAUUUCGUUUUUAUUAUAUUACAUAGAAAGUUAUAAUAAUAGACCUCGUAUAAAUCAUUAUUAUUACCUGGACGAAAUAUAUAAGUAAAUAUAGAAUUUUAUUCGUGAAAUUUUUCGAUAUCAAUAUUAUUAUAUUAAGAUUGAUAUCAAUAAUCCAUAUACUCAAUAUAUUCAUAUAACGAACGACCGGCAAUACAUUAAUUAAUCGUUUUAUCAAAGAAAGUGAGAUAGAGAGAGAGAGAGAGAGAGAUAGAUAGAUAGAUAGAUAGAUAGAGAUAGAUAAAGAGAUAGAGAAAGAGAGAGAAGGAGAGAGAUGAAAAACAAAGAUAGAGAUAGGAUAGAGAGAUAGAUGAUAGAAGAAGAAAUUAUGAUUGGUUCCUGUGGAACGGGACGAACGACUUCUCGAUUUUACGAUCUAGAAAGUGAAUUUAGAACGGUCGAACGUAAUUUGCGAUAGCAGUUUGUCUACGAGGAAAGAAAAAAGAAAAGAAAAAAAGGAAAAGAAAUGGAAAAUAAUGAAAGAAAUAUAAAAAAGAAAAGAAGGAAGGAAAAAAGAGAGAGAGAGAGAGAGAGAGAGAGAGAGAGAGAGAGGGAUAGAGAUAGAGGAUAGGUAUAUAGAUAAAGAAAAGAAAAAGAAAGAGAUAUUAUAAUAUUUGUUUAGAAAUGAAGUUAGGCUGAUGAUUCGUUGGCUCGCUCCGCUCGUUGGUGGUUACUCUCUCGCUUAGUAAUUAUAACGUUUAUUAAUUACGGAGUGGAAGGAGUGACAAGAGUGGAAAAACAUUUCCUGUUGACAUGAUCACGAUGAUGACGUAGACCACGUAGACGACGACGACGACGACGACUAUGAUGAUGAUAAUGAUGAUGAUAAUAAUAAUGAUGAUGAUGAUGAUGAUGAUGAUGAUGAUGAUGAUGAUGCUCGAAGGAUAGUUAAUAUACAAAAGUAAUUUCACCGAAACGUAACGAAGAAAAAGAAGCGAUAAGACGUUUUACGUGUUUCGAAAAAAGACGAAAAAAGAAAAAAAAAAAAAAGAGAAAGAAAAACAAAAAAAAAAAUUCUAAUCCAAGUUAUCCACGACAAGUUCUUGAAUGAUUCCCCCCCUCCCCUCCCCACGAAUGAUUCAUAUCGAUGUAAAUCUAUCCUAACUAACUAUUUCUUAUCUCUUUUUCCUCCAUUCCUCUCUCUCUCUCUCUCCCGCUCUUUCUCUCUCUCUCUCUCUCUCUCUCUUCGUUUAUUUUCACCAUUAUUUUUAACAUUAAUCGCGAAUGAGGGAUCCUUUAACUUUCUAGAGUUUCUCUAUAUCGACACACGGGUGUCGAUGGAUAUAACGUUUUGUUAGAAGCCAUUAGACCUUUUGCCAGAUCUCUUUUAACUUCGAUUAACCUCUAACGAUCUAACGAUGACUCGCGAUUGUUAAAUUAUAAAUACACAUAUAUAUAUAUAUAUAUAUAUAUAUAUAUAUACAUGGGAUACGAAGUAUGAAUUGUAUGCGAUUAACGAUAAUAUCGCUAAUUUCAUCUUUGUAUUGAAGAAAGAAAGAGAGAGAAAGAGAAAGAGAGAGAAAAAAUGAAAGAGAAAGAGAGAGAGAGAGAGAGGAACAAGCUAAACUCUGACUUGGAGAGAGAAAAAAAAAAGAUUAUCUUGAAUUUUUAUUAUUAUUGAUUGUUGUUCUUCGUAUAGCAUCCUAUAAAGAGUAUAUAUAGAGGGGGAAAAAAAUAAUAAUAAAUAAAUAAAUAAAAGAGGAAAAAAAAUCGAAGAACGUAGAGUGAAAGAGAGAGAGAGAGAGAGAGAGAGAGA